CAGUUGAUGCGCUUACUUUGUCUCACGCUGCCCCCCUUUCACAGUACCACACCCCUUAGUUGAAUUCAGCUCACGUCUCAACGCAUGUGCACACACCACGCAAGUGGCCACCGACAUAUCACUCACACGUGCAGGAGCUUCAGCGAGGAACAAAGCACAAGACAGCAUGCAAAUCACGCGACAGCAUGAUAGACCCGACGAACGCUGAAGGAACGAAACAGCCCCCCACCCUCCCCUCUCUCUCUCCCUACACACAAAAGAGACCGAGCGGACACACGAAAAGAGCACACAGGCGGGUGAUUCAGGUAUGGUGCAUGCGAUGAAGGGUGGGUGUGGCGUGGAUGGGGCGAGCAGGCGGCCAUUGGCCUGCGGGAAAAACGAAUGCAUGCGAUGAAGCGAAGCAUGACAAGUGGGCCGAUCGACAGCUUGAUGGCUCAGACUCUGUCUCGUACGAGGUCAGUAAGGUAGCCAGCCACAAACACUUGAAAUCCCCCAUUUGCGACACGCACGGCAUCAAAACGAUAAAAGGAAACGAGACGGGCACAUCCACACACACACACACACACACAUGGAGAUAUGGAUAGAGGCGCGUUUGCUUACGUACUGGAGAAUCCUGUACAACCAACGGCAUGAUGCGAUCUGUGUAUGCACAGCACACGACACGAACAUUCGAAAAGGAGCGCAUUCAUUCGACAACAAAGCCCCGCCGCAAAACAGCCCUCAUUCACAGAAGCCCUCCACACGCAAUGAUGCGCAUCACAGCUGGAGACGGCUGCAAGACACCACUACCUGCGGACGGCCAAAAGGAAGAGACACCAUCUCUCUCAACACAGCCCACGGCACCAACACAGCAUUUAUGCAUCGCGAAUUCCUUCUGCCGCCCGCCGACAGAAGCACAAAAGCCUACAUGUAUACCGAGAAACAUGUACACCGAGAAAGGGCCUCUUUGCUUAUUGGUCGCCGGCCAGCAUUUAACGCCUCGCUCGUUCGUCCCUCGGUCAGAACUGCGCGGCGCACUUUUCGCAAACGGGUGAGCUGGACGGCGACGUGUCGCGCCCUCGCGGCACCGAAGGCAGCAGCACAUCACCCCCCAGCCCAUUCGGCGCCGCACGCCAGUCGUAACCAUACCUGCACACACAGACAGACACAAACAGAGGGAGAAGGGCAUAAGCGUGCUUAUGCUUGUGGGAACGUUUGCGCCGCGUGGCGUGUCGUGUCGUGGGUUACCCUUUGAGCUGUUGAAUGACCCUGCCGAAGUAGUCUUCUGUCUUGCCCCUGUGGUAGUUGGCGAGCACCCUGUCGAGCUCCUCAUGGCACUUGGCAGUGAAGGCCUUGUCCAUGUACUCGCCCUUGAUGUCCACGUGAAAAGACGACUGACAUGUUGCAGAUGGACAAUUGACGCAGGAAUGUCUGUCUGCGGAGUGUCUGUUUGUCUGUCUGUCUGUCUGUCUCACCCUUGUGCACGCCCCCGCCCUGCCGACGAUCUCGCGCGUCAUCUUCUUAGCGACAAACUGACGCGCACAUCCCCGGGACCUGCCGCAUGUGUGUCCCCCCUCCCUGCCCACCUCGAGGAGUGCGUCUUCCGCAUCAUGGUCCAUGGACUGCAGUAUGCCCCGCACUGUGCUCUGCAGAGCAGCCACUGACUCCGUCUCUACCAGCAUGUCAUUAUCACCCAGCUGCACAGCGGACGAAGACAGACAGACAGACAGACACGACACACAUGGAUGUGGUUGCCGUGAUUGAUGGUGAGUGCUGUGGCACGAGCCCAGCGGUGCGGACCUCAAUCGCAAAAUAAUCAAACUGAACACACAGCGGCACGCGAUGUGUACGUGAGUGUGCGCAAAGCUCUAUACGCGUGCGUGUGCGCUCACUGACCUCUCGUUUGACUUGCCGCUUAGACAGUCCUGACGGCACCACCACGGGCGUCGCAUGGCGAUAGUAAUCAAGUAUCUGACACACACAACCAUGUGCACACGGCGAGAGACGGUGAGACCACAUCCGUCAAAAGACGCAGAGAGAGAUCUCCGUGCUUCUGCGCACCAGCGGGAACAGCUCUGGGUUGCUGUCGAUGAAUAUGCUGCUGCCCUUCUCUGCCUGCGGCGCCUCUGAUACCCGCCCAACCAGCGUCGCCAGCACGGUGGUCGGGUACCGCAGGAUGGUACUCCUCGCCACUUUGAAUGGCGUGCCGGCCACGUCGAACUCAACCACAUCGCCGACAGUCUUGGACAGUGCCAUUUCUAUGUUCCCCACUUUCGGUGCUGAAGGUA